UGUGCAGGCUGAGCCAAGCAAGCUGGAGCGCUCCCGGUACUGUCAGUGGCGUCGGUGGGUUCAGAAAGGCGAGGAGGAUAUGCUGCCGGAAUCGAAGAGACUUACUGGCUGAGCGUAGAAAGGCGAGACAGUUUUGUAAUCAAAAUAUGAAAAGCAAGAUUUCAUUCCCGAGUACCAGAGCGACUUUCUUGCUCUGGACGCAGAGGAGAGGGGAGCUAAGGCAGCGCUGCGCUAGGGACCACUGAUGCUGCUGUAUGUUUUGAUAUUCCAGCCACAAGAAAUACAGAGCCGCCCUAAAGAAGGAAAAACGAAAGAAACGUCGCCGGGAACUCGCUCGACUGAGAGACUCAGGCAAAACUUACAUGAGGAGUGGUUGUUGAGGGAGCAGAAAGCGCAAGAGGAUUUCAGAAUAAAGAAGCAAAAGGAAGAGGCAGCUAGAAAACAGCAGGAAGAACAAGAGAGAAAGUUGAGGGAAGAAUGGGAAGAACAUCAGAGAAGAGAGAGAGAAGAGGAGGAGCAGAAACUACAGGAGAAAAGAGAAAAAGAGGAAUCUGUGCAGAAGAUGCUGGAACAGGCUGAAAAUGAGUUGGAAAGUGAUGCCACAUGGCAAAAUUCAGAACCACCCACAGACUUAAGAAUAAUGGAGAAAGAUCGAGCUAAUUGUCCAUUCUACAGUAAAACGGGAGCCUGCAGAUUUGGAGAUAGGUGUUCACGUAAACACAAUUUCCCGGCAUCAAGUCCCACCCUUCUUAUUAAAAGCAUGUUUACGACGUUUGGGAUGGAGCAGUGCAGAUGGGACGACUAUGACCCUGACGCAAGCCUGGAGUACAGCGAAGAGGAAACCUACCAGCAGUUCCUGGACUUCUAUGACAGCGUGCUCCCCGAGUUCAAGAACGUGGGGAAAGUGGUCCAGUUCAAGGUCAGCUGCAACUUGGAACCUCAUCUGAGAGGCAAUGUGUAUGUUCAAUAUCAAUCGGAAGAAGAAUGUCAGGCAGCCCUUUCUCUGUUUAAUGGACGAUGGUAUGCUGGACGACAGCUUCAGUGUGAAUUCUGCCCAGUGACCCGAUGGAAAAUGGCAAUUUGUGGUUUAUUUGAAAUACAGCAGUGUCCAAGAGGGAAACACUGCAACUUUCUUCACGUGUUCAGAAAUCCCAACAAUGAAUUUUGGGAAGCGAAUCGAGACAUGUACCUGUCUCCGGAUCGGACUGGCUCCUGCUUCAGUAAGAACUCAGAGAGGAGGGAGCGGCGGGGCCGCCACGACGACUACUACAGUAGGCCACGGAGGAGGAGGAACCCCGGGCCGGCCCACUCCUACAACAGGAACGGGGAGGCCGAGAGGAAGAGGAGGAGGAGGAGCCACGGGGGCAAGAAAUCUCACAAGCACACGUCCAAAAGCCGGGAGAGGCACAGUUCCCGAAGCAGAGGAAGGAAAAGGGGCCGCAGCCGUGGCCGGGGCAGCCGCAGCCGCAGCUGGAGCUCCUCCAGGUCCAGGAGCUACGGCAGGAGGGGGUCGGGGAGCCGAGACUGAACUCUGCAGAGUCCCAAAUCCAAAUAAACUUACCAUGUGCUUCAGUAAUUGUACACCCUUUAAUAUGGCAGCUGUGUAGUUGGAUAGAGGGCUCUCAGCUCACGUGGGUUAGCAAGUCUGGCAAAAGCCUACUUAGAUGAAACCUAUUCAUGAAGACAUAUAAACAUGAAAGACAUAUAAACAUGAAAGUUACUUAUAAUCCUAACCCUUAGAG